AUGGGUGAAGUCGAAACAGAUUAAUUAAAGGGUUUAAAGUUUGAUUUUAUUAAGUUCGAUUUUGAAUAAUUUAGAGAAACUGACUUUAACUGUCGCUAAAACUAACCAAAUGGAGUGAGGCUAACCAGGUUCUUUAGCUCAGAGAAAUCAUGAACUGACUUUUUUGGUUUAUUUUGAACUUCAGACGGAGCCCGACGACAGUAAGAGACACUUUUCAUUUAUGUAAAUGUAGUAUUAGUUUAACUUUCAUGAAAUAUCUUUGUAACCAUAAUUUAAAGCUAAAAAAUGUAUACUUAAAUUUGAAAAUGGCAUUAAGAGUGCCCUGCCGUGACAGUAAGACUUAACAGGAUAAAAUCCAGUAAAACCAGAAAAAUUUGUAAAUCACCAUAGUAUAAAUAGUCUAAUUACUAAAUCUUUUUUCUUACUUUUACAACUAUAUUUUUGUAAUCUUUAUAUUUUGUAUGGUUUAUAUAAAUGUUCCUUCUAAUACCUUACUCAGAGAAACAUUAUAGCCUGUAAACGGUGAUUUUAAUCACUUUCUUUAAUAUUUAACAUAUUUUCAGCUCACUGUGAUGUUAGUUUCACCUUUGAUUUCUCCUGUACAGAGCUAUAAUCAUGUUCAGUUUUCUUGGACUUCGGAAAGAUUUAAAGAAAUCUACAACAGAGAAGGAGGUAGAAGGAGGCUUUGUCAUCAUAGGUGAGUUUUAACAUGACCAUUAUUAUGAUUAUUUACUAUGAAAAUGAUGAUUUGGCAUUUGGAGAUGCUCGGUUACAAUCCCAAUCACUUAGGUUCAGAUAUUGAAGUUACUGGAGUCUGAAAGUGAAAUGUUGUCCCAUUCUUGUCUGACAGAGGAUUUCAGCUGCUCAACAGCUCAGGGUCUCCUUUGUUCUAUUUUCGGUGUCAUGAUGCUCCAAAUGUUUUCUGUAGGGCACAAGUCAGGACUGCAAUUUAGCAGCAGGACUCUUCUCCUACAGAGCCAUGCUGUUGUAAUCCCUGUCGUCAGAAUGUGGUUUGUCAUUGUCUUGCUAAAAUGCGAAAGUCUUCCCUGAAAAACUCUUUGUCUGGAUGGCAGCAGAUGUUACUCCUGAACCUAUAGAUAUUGUUCAGCAUUAAUGGAUCCUUCACAGAUGUGGAAGCUACCUGUGACAUGAACUGUAAUGGUCCCCAUACCAUCAGGGAUACUAGUUUUGGAAUGGAGAGUGAUGACAAGUCAGGUGGUCCUUCUCCUCUUUCAGGGAGAUGAUUUGGCGUCCACAAUAUUAAAGAGACAUGUCACAUUUGAUUCCUCAGACCACAAGACAGUUUUCCCACCUCCUCUCAGUCUGUUUUUAAUUGGACUCAGGUCCGGAGAAGCUGCUGGUGUGUCAUGAUCGUGUUUUUGAUUAGUCAAAUGAUGAUGGCAGCUGAGCACUUUUAACAACAAAUGUGGAAAUUCAAACUUCUUCCCUAUCAGUUAAUCAGUCACACUUUACUCAAUCCGUCUCUGAUUUCUUCACACAACAAAAUAAAAAAAAAAUAGGGAACACACAGGUGAGAUAUUGAUACGAGAGAAAGUAUAGAUCAAUAACCAAAGAUAAAAGUUACACUGGGAAUACUUUCUGGAAUUAAACACACAUGAAAUAUAAAACGAAAAAUAAAAAUCGAUAAAUAAAAGUUUGUAAAAUAUAAAAAAUGAUAAUGACUGAAUAACAGUAACAACCAUGUCAGUAUGAAGAGACAGAAAAAGAUUCACCUUAGUUGUAGUUUUGAAUUAGUGUUUGUAGAAAGUUUUCUUGGUUGUAGGGACGUUAUAUAAUCUUGCUGUUUAUGGUGACAUACUGUUGGUAUAUCCUGGAAUAGAAAGUGUGUAAAAUUAGUUUGAUUAUUUAUGGAUAAUAGCAAUGAUUCUACACUCUCCCACUUCUUAUCAAGGCCAUCUGUUUUAACCUACAAGCACAGCGAUCUCCAUGAAUCAGGGUUCAUCCUAAAUUAAACUGUAUGUGGCUUUAUCUCAGGGAUAAAUCCGGUAUUAUCUCUCCUCUUGGGUUUAAUUGUUGAGCUGGUGUAAGAGACACAGAUGGUCAGGAGCUGUGUGUUAUUUUUGGCAGAGGAAGAGGACGAGUGUCAGAGCCAGGCUUUCUUUUUCAGACCGCGGCAACACGCUGAGCUCACAGACGUUCACGUUAAACCUCCUGCUCACCAAUCACUCAUCUUAUCAAAGAGCUGCUUAUAAUUAGCAACAUGCUGGUAAAUGACUUUAAUAAACCCAAGUAAUGUCAAUAAUGAGAGGGCGUCCUAAACAUAGCCCAGUCUGAAAUGAUCACCAGAGGGUUCAUGAGAGAAAGAGGAGACUCAAAAGUGUGUUAGAGACGAUUUAAUCUCAAUGAAGUUUGUUUUCUCGACUUAAUGUUAGUAUUUUGAAACCCGGGGCACUAUUUUUACCUAUUUUGAAGUCUAAAUAACUAAAAUAAGCUGAAGAUGUGAAAAACUUCUAGUAGUUUGAUUCUGAAGAACUCAGGAGCUGCUACUCGAUUACUGUCUUUAGCAGCUAGGUGUGUUUUUUUUUACCACUUCUUUUAGCCUAAAUAUUGCAUUUGAAAUCAUUCUUUGCAGAACAAAACUGACAUAUUGACUAUAAUUUCUACUCCAAAGUUGGAGUAGAAGUUGGCACAUGGUUUAAUAAGUUGAUUUAAAAAAAGAUUUUGAAGUUUCCCUCAUAAGGCUGUGUCAUAUUGUACCAGGAUGAUAAAAAAGGUUCUGAAUGUGCUUUGCUAAGUUGCUGCAGACAACUCUAAAACGUUUAAGGGUUAUUCAUAUGUAACGUUACUGCAAAUUUCCUUGAAAUACAGUGACAUAAUUUGAAGGCCAUUUAACUGACUCUCAUUAUCCAGUCGUUUAAAGCCUAAAUUUGAUUGGAGAUAAAAUAAAAGUUAAGACACAGAAAAAAAACACAAUUAAAAAAAAACCUUUAAACAGCUGGAGGAACAUCUUUAACUCAUUUCAUUAAUUUCCAACAGGUUAGUGACGUGACUGGGUAUAAAAAGGACAUUCAGAGAGGUUGAGUCUCUGAGGAGGAAAGACAGGAAGAGGUUUCACCACUCUGUGAGAGACUGUGUGAGCUAAUAGUUGAAUAGUUUCAGAAUAAUGUUCCUCAGUGUCAAAUGUGAAAGAAUGAGUGGAUUUUAUCAUCUACAGAACAUCAUAGCAUUCAAAGAUUCAGAGAGUCUGGAGAAAUCUCUUCAAUAAUGGGACAAGGACCAAAACCAAGACUGAUGGUCCUGAUCUUCAGGCCCUCAGGAAGCACUGCAUUAAAAACAGACAGGACUCUGGAUUGGGAGUCACUUUAUGAGCUCAAAAAUUACAUAAAUUAUCUUGGCUUUUUUGUUGCACUUUUCACCAUUCCUAUAUUGUCUUAUGAAGCUUGAGCAUGUCAGUAUGAUCUUUGUGCUGAAUGUAUGUGUACACACACCUGGUUAAUAAAGCUGAAAAUGACACUUGUAACUAGUAACUUUUACCAUGUCUGGUGUCUUUGGUGAAUGCUGUUUGUGGUGAUGCAUUCGGCUCUUGCACUCUUACAGACUUUGGUGUAUUAGUGCUGAUCAGAACAGAUGUCCUAAGCUGAGCUGGUGGUUCACAGCAGGUCUUGAGAACAGGUGUCAGGCUGUGGAGAGUCACAGCAGGUCCAGACCUUUGGUCACUUUUGUCACAACAAGGUCCCCUUCUCUUUAUCUGAGCUUGGACAUCCAAGGGGAAACCAGUCGAACCAAUAACCAUGAAGCUUCUUAUUUAAACCCUUUUUUAAAGUAUGCUAACAGUUUGAACUGCCGACUUCAUACUGGGACAAAAAUGCGCUCAUAUUUUUUACGAGCAGCAAAACUUCCACAUGACAUGAAUUGUCCCUUGAUGUUCAAAUCUAAAAAUCAGCCUUGAAACUGUAAGAUGACAUUUUUGUCUCACAAAAACUUGUAAAAAGAAACAUUGAAGAUGUCAGAGUAUUAAUCAGUGAGCUGAUGGAGGAUCAGAUUUUAACAAUGUGGGUUUGCAGCCGUAUUUACCCCCAAGGAAGUUCCUCUUCUCUACUGAGGACACUGUUGUGGAGACAAACGAUGACGUCUGUGUGAAUGAUUUCACUCAGUGGAAACAGUCGGUUUGACUCUGGAGAGGAAGAGGAGGAUAACAGAUUUACCUUCUCAUGAUCUCCUCUGUUCUCGCUCAGUUUGACGAGGAACCUCUAAUGAAUUGGCUCAGUGACAGCGGCCCGCUGCCAGAGUAAAAGCUAAAAAUAGACAGAGAUGUGCUCUAAAAAUAAAUCAUAGUGCUGCUGAUUAAUUCUCUGUUUUCAGCUGCACACUCAGCUCACACAGAUUGCUCCACAUAUUCUGGUUGUUUUUAAGGUUUUGUUGUGAUGUAAACAAAGAGCAGCUGACCUCUCAAGAGCUAAGACUGAGGGCAUUUCUUAGACUUUGCAUGUCGCAGCAGAAGUCUUUGCAUUUCAGUUUUAAGACGAAAGCUUAACUUUUUAAAGCUUUUAUUGAUGUUUCUGUAAUUUGUGGGGAUUAUAGUCCCUAUGUUUGGGGUUUAUUGCCAAUUAACUUAUUUUUCCGAUGCUUUCUGUGCAGGUGAGACGGCGGAGGAGCAGAGGAGGAAGGCGCAGACUAUGAACAUCUUACAGCCGUCAACAAACGUCAUCGUGCACCCGUCCAGGGUGGGUUUAUUAUCAUCUCAGUAUCAACAGGAAACUUGUUUUUCUCCCUGCAAUUAGUGAUUCAGCUUGAACACUGGAACCUGUUCACAUUCCAGCUGGUCUGGUGCUGCGUGGUCCAUUCAGAAAGAUCUGCACUGCUGUGGUGUUAGCAGGUGCUGAGAGCUGAGUCAGAGUGCCAAAAUGGGUUUCCAGCAUUUACCAGGCUGGCUGUGAAACUGAGCUGAAAGAAAAAAAGCUCUUCUGGCCACCUGAUUGACUGUAAUACCUCAGUUUUAACUCCCUGACACACUCAUACAGAGAGAUUGGAAUAUGUCUGUGUUCCUGUGUGUCUGUUUGUGCACAUUUUAUGCAUACUAUAUCCUGGAGGUCCCAUGUUUCACACAGUCAGUAAGAGCCAUUUUCACCAUGCAACAGGGAGCGCUGAUCUACUCUGACAUUACACAUUCUUUAGGUUUUCAGUCGUUCACAGGGGUAGGGUCUUUGUUUAGUGGACAGUUUACAGAAACUGUUAGAAAACAGACGGGAGGACUUGUUACUGCUCUUGCUAUUCCUUCCCUGUGCUUCAGUCCCCAAGGAAACCUCUGUCUCGUAAUUGCAGAGGGGAAAACAUUUCCUGUUACAUCUUUUCCUUCAUUUUGAGUAACUUUUCAGUUAUUAGUUCAGAACAAAAUCAGACUUUUUCAAUAUAUAUCAGAAGCAGGUAUACACUGGUGUGAAGGCAGAAGAUCUUGCCAUAAAAAGUGGUUUUGUUACAAUUUCGGAGCCCUUUUUGCUGCAUAUAGACCUCAUCCAUAUUACACAAACUCAUCACUGAAAUGCAAAGUCACCCUUUGGAUGCAGACAGUGUGACAACAGCUGCACUAUGCCGCCUAAAAGUCUUCAAUAUGGCCUGUCAUUGUCUGCAGAUAGUCCUGUUAUAUCAGUCAGUUUAAUGCGGGGACUACGCCUCUGCUGCUUCCUUCCUUUAGAUGCAACUGGUGAGGACUGGUGUUUGCACUCUGCAGAAGCACAACUCUAAUGUCUGCAACAACUUGAACAGGCAAGAGAGUGCAGAGGCAAAUUAGAGGGCAAGGACACCUGCCCUUUCAGGAGAAAAAACCUUUGAACAAAGUAAAGGACCAUUUUAGUGAUCAAUAAAUUGGAAUUUAAAAAUAAUUUCUGAGACGGAAGUUCAAGUUAAAUUGAAAAUCUUUUAUUUGUGUCUUCAAAGAUAAUGAAUAGUGAACAGGAUGCUAAAACUACUUACUAUCAAUAUAUUACACCAUUAAUAAUUCAGAUACCCACCUACAAACAUAAGCAAGCUGAGACAAAACAUUGAUUUUAAGUUCAUCUCUAGCUCUUGCAAAGAACUGGGUUUGUGUUGAAUUUGGCGCCCCCUGUGGACAAAGAGGUAGCUCUAUUAUUGUUGCUGAUCACAUCUUUGGGAAAGUGGAGUUGAUGGAUAAAAACUAUCUCCCUGUCAUCCUUUUUCUAAUGACAUACUGUGAAUACUUGCUGUGGAAGACAUAACUAAGGCUGUCUCCUUUCUAAUUUUCAAUCACAUGUCUUAAAAUGAGCAGAAGCGAGUACUUCUAAAAUACUUACCGUAAAGAAAACCUCUAAGACCCCAAACUCUCAGACUAAUGCUUCAAAUCUGUCUCUCCCUUGUCCCUACAGCCUUCCUGUCCUGCUCCAGCUCCGCCCACCAGCACAAACGUCCCAGCACCUUCGUUCACCUCCUCCACAGCAGCAGGAACCUCAGCGGUGGAAGCUGCUCCGACACUCCCAGACCUCCUUGGAGACGUUCCAUUUGCUUUGGCUCCACAUAUCCUUGCCAUGCAGGCUGGAUUCCCUCUGAUCCCUGAUGUGCUGAUGUCCCGGGAUAUAAACUACAACCUGGCUAAUUUUCAGUAUGACUUUACUCUAGAAAACUCAGUGCUACACAGUGUGUAGGCUUUUACAAUUUACAAAUUACAGGGUUGACACUUUGUGGUAACGAUACAGGGCUCGGUGGUUAAUUGAACAAGUAAAUCUGAUUUUUCAGUGUGAUAAAUAAGUAAUAAUGAAAUUACAUUUAACACAAAUAACUUCCAGAGUUUCCAAGAAUCAAAUAUAAGAUAACAGAUUUUCCCUGUCUUCUAUCUUAAACGUAGAGGGAAAGAAAUUUCAUGACCUUACUAGGAAAACAGCACUUUCUGCACAGCUGGUAGCUGUAAAGCUUUUGUCGGUUACUGAAUGGAUUUGUUUUCUUGUUUCUUGUUCUGUUUCUUUAACAAAAAUAACUGCUGUCAACGCUUAAGAUCUGACAGUUACAGUAAGAUUUAAGUCAUCAUUUGCUGAAAACUGGAGAAAUCUCUCCAAGAGAGUUGGAUGGUGAAAGCCAAAAAUGGGCAAAACUCAAGUAAUGGGGGACAACUUUUAUUUCCAAUUACUGCACUGCACUGGGUUUAGUCAAAGUUAAACCAGGACGGUGGUAGUUAAACUGUUCUAGAUAGAUUUACAAUCAUGGAUUGUAUACAAGAAUUGGACAUAGCCCCUUUAUUUGGGUUGAGUUAAUGCAUAUGUCCCUUUAAGAAUGCAGGUUUCAACAAUAGCAAUCAUCUAGCAUAAGGUAGCUCCCAAGAAGAUUCAAGACCCGAUUUAGAGCCUGAUUUGCAGCCCUCAUUGGAAGGAGACAGAUCAGACACAGAUCACAGUUAUCUGCAGGUUGGUUGGUCUUGGGUCAGUUAAUAAUGAAGAAUUUGUUUCCUCUAAAUGUGCCAAUUUUUAUAUCUGUUACUUUUGUCGCAAUAAUCCAUGUACAGAGCUGUUGACAGUCUGGACAUUUUUGGUCAGAUGGAAACAGAUUUGGACAUUUGGCUUUUUUUUUAACCUCAGCAAUUAUCCUGUAAACUUCCAUCCUUUUAUUACAUUUAAAAAUGGUAACCUUAAAAGCAACAUAAGACACAGAUCUAACAUAGAGGGAAGUGUCCAACGAAUGAAGAAUACUUUUCCUCUUAUACACUUCCCCCAGCCCUAUGUGGAAGUGAAAAGGUCUCUGUGUUGCUUCUAUAGCCCACCUCCUGGGAAAAUAUGGCUUCUACGAGGUGAUGUGAGUUUUCUCCUGCAGUGAUGUAACAACAGGAGUUAUUGGUAUCAGCCAGCAUGCAAAGUCACUCCAACUCCAUGAGCAGUUAUGUCUCCUCUCACACUACUGCAGCUAUCAGCUGGCAUGUCCGCUGCAUAAGUUUCAUGGAGCGCAAAAAAGUAGAAAUAUAACAUCCAAAUUUUGUCAUACACUCAGGGAUGUGCUGUCGUAACCCUUUACCUCCUCCUGCUUGGGUUCCUCUGGGGCACUCGCCAUAUUUGCUUUGGUGAUUUUCCGCCUCUGCAUCUGUCAGAAUCCACCCCCCUCAGACUACUUUAGCGUAGCAGUUAGUGUAUCAGUGCAGCAGCUCAAGAAACUGAGAGGCUGCAGGACCUCCACAGAGGCUCCAUUUUUGGUAAUUGAAUUCAAGAGUGCUUAAAAAACAACUGAGCCUUGUUAUAAACUGCUUACUAUACCAUAGUAUAAGACCUUUGAAUUCUCCCUGAAUGACGUUACAUUUUGCAUUUGCUACAAACCUUGCAAAGUUUGAGUGUCCUGUAUUUUCAAACGGUACAAAAGAAGGAUUGUUUUGAGGUUUUUUUAAAGAUGCAGUAAUGAGAUAAUGAAGCAAUAACUUUGUUCAAAGCUGAGGACCUGAAAGAGAUUCUUUUUAUUAAACUAAACCAGAGUUUUAAAUAUAAUCACUUGGAAUUUCUGAAAAUCUUCUUACCUUCCUUUUAAAAACUGCUUUAUCCCACAGUCAAAGUACUGUUUUUACGCCACCACAGCUUUCAUAUAAUAAUAGAUUAAAUGCCAUUUAUGAUCUUAUUACAUUCAGCAAAAAAAAAAAAAAAUCCCUACAACAGUUAACUUUUCAGCUAUCACACAUCUGUGGUUCUUGCUAACCUUCACCAUACUUUGAUUUUCCUCCCUAAACGCGGCCUUUCUUUUGAUCUGGUGUAUUUUGUGUCCUGUCUGUUGUGCUAUUUUUCUGUAUGGAUGUUUUUGCUAGUCUGUCUUUGUGUUUAUGGCACACACUUGUGUGCCUAUACAACCUGUGACAUGCUAAAUGCUGGGACUAAGUUCCUGGACUUUAAGCACUCCUACAGAAAUGAAUUAAAGUCGAAAACCCAUGUAUGAUAUUCAGAGCUAACCCAAGAGAUUGAGCUGUAUGAUCAUUUUAAAAAGUGAAAUAUUGAGCUGAUUUUGAUGAAAACCUGAAAAUGAGGUUGUUGCUUAACUCAGACUUUCUAAUCAUUCCUAAAUGGUUACUUCUAUAUUUAGUUCAAUCCAUUUUUUUUCCCUCUAUCAGCUUUAAUGCGGGACAAAUCAACAUUAAACUGGACAUUUAAGUUCACUGUUAAUUUUAACAGUUCGAAUUUGUUUGCAUAAACAUCAAAGUGAACAUUUCCUCUGAAGGUCAUAUUAGACAUGAUGAAUGGGACUCCUUUGGAGAUAUCAGCUGUUCAGAGGUGCUCUCACAAGUUGGGCUGUUAGUGUACAGAUGGCAGGACAGGAUUGUUGUUUAGAUUAAGGAUGCUUAUAAGCUAACAUUUUGCCACAGUGUCAACAGGCAGAGAGGUCAAAUGUGCCAGGUUUCUUUAUUAUGGAUUUAUUUGAUAUGGCGUGGCCGUCAGGUGAUUCCUUGUGUCACUUUGGUUGUGUUAAUUACUGUUUCAGGGUCAAAUGGAAUCGAUUAUCUAACAGGUGGCCCCUCAAAAUCCUCUUAAUUGUGGUUUUAAUUUUAUGUUGGGUCAUCUUUUGGGGGGAGAGAGAUCACAGAAAUAUUUCUAACAGCUGCUUAAAAUCAAUCAAAGCAAUAAUUACGAUCUUAAAAUGACUAAAUGAAUGUAGUAAUCUCAGUCAACUUGGAACCAUAGUGGGAUGAUUAAGACUUCCUUCUGGUUUGGAGUGGAUCAGUUCUGCUGAUUUUACAAAAAAAAGUCUAAUCCUGAAUGUAACAUCAGCUCCAAACCUUAUAAUGAUCAUGCCGUUUUUUCUUAGAGUUUUGGUUAUUUAAAUUUUUUUUGAGAGUGAGAGUUUCAGAAACUAAUGUCCAGUCUCUUGGGUUUUAUUCUUGAAAAACACAAAAAACUCACAGAUGUUGCUUGAGCAAAUUUCACCUCAUUGUGGUUUGAAUUUCGUAUAACUGCAUUGAGUCAUUGAUUUACAGAGGAAAUAAUCACAUACCAUGUUUGUACCUAUGAUUAUUUGUACCUGAUCACUUUUUCUCUCUUCAUACCUGCUGUGCCUUUAACAUACUGUAAGUUUACCUUUGGAAUAACAUUUUAGAGAUCAAUAUUUAGUCAUCUGUUAUCUCCUUUUAAAUCCUCUCUUCUCCCUUUAGAGUAGGUCUGUAUUUACAGUCAGGCAUGUACUGUAGCUGUUGAUGCUGGUAUUGAUGUAUUCAUUCAGUUUUGACCAUGGACUGCAACUUAUGUUACAAAUAUAUUUCAAGAAUGAUAUCCAACUUGUGACUGUCUCUGUGGAUGAUUGAAAGGCUUUAUCAUUGGUUGUGAUAACAUUAACACACAGUUACUUUUUGGCAUGAUUAGCUGUAAGUACUGCUGCAAACUCUAAGGAAAAUCACUUUUAAGGUGUGACUACAAACAAGUACUAAAAAGUUGAAACUGACAAGUGUGAAAAUACAUCAAAUGGUGAAACAGAGUUUUUUUUUUUUACAACAGUACAUGUUUCAGCAAAACAAUGACAAACCACAUUCUGUAGGGAUUACAGCAACAUGGCUCUGUAGUAGAAGAGUCCUGCUGCUAAACUGGCCUGAAUAGAACAAUCGGGCAAGAAUGGAACAACCUUCUACUUUCAGAUGCCAGAAUCUGUUCUCCUGGACAACAGUGUUGUUAAAUGAAGAGCUGAUGUAUCCUACCAGGAAACAUGGGGUUCAAAUGAUUCAUCAAAUCAUCAAAUUCUGUUUUUAUGAAUAGUUUAAACAAUGUCACAACUUUUUUGAGACAGCGUUGUAUUCUAGCAGACACGAACCACUUCAGGUAAACCUGCUGCUCUUUUUGCAUUGGUUAAAACUCCAACUCAUCCAACGAUCAACCCACUGACCGAUCCGGGAAGUACCCUAGGGCCAAUCAGAGAAAAGUAGUGUUGAUUUGGUCCCACCCAUAGUCCAACCUCCUAUGUCUGUAGUUUUAAACUGACAACUGUUGUCUUGAGUGUUUUGGCAGGGGGACUCAGUCUGGAGACACUGGGAAUUUUCCAAAGUUAUACGGUUGCAAGUUUCUGGGGGUUUAGAAUCUGUUUUGUUCAUUGGGAGUUGUUCAUUCGGACGCUUGGAAACAGGUGUAGAAGUUGUCGCCAGCAGAGAUGCAAAGUGAAGACUGUGGGACUCAAAGAGGUGAAAUAACUUGAGAAACUUUGACAAACUUCGUUAAAUGGAUUACGUGCAAACUGGGUGCAGGAUUGCAAUCUCGUAAACUGAUGUAGUGAGCUUUAUAACAGGACAUUGCACUUUUUAUCACUCAUAUUGUUACACAAACAGCUUUAUUACCGAACGUUAUGUCAGCAUCAACAGCAGAAGCCAGCUCUUCCCCGCAGCGGGUCACCCUCAGCGGCUCCCCUCCUGCCUCCUGUGGCAACAACACCACCGCGGUCCGGUUACAUCCUAUCCGCGCCACGGUGCCGUACCAGCUUUUGCGUGGAAACCAGCACAGCCCAACCCGCUCCGUUCCCUCCUCCUUCUUAGUAGCCGGGAGCAACUCAGGACCGACGACGUCCCGUUGCUCCAGUCCCGCCAACCCGGGUGGAAGCGGCUUGGACGGCAGGGUGGUCCCCAGGCAGAGACUCUCACCGCCGGACAGCAAGACCUCAUCUGAAUGCUCUCCACACUCUCCCCCUUCUAAAGGUAAAAACUGCCUUUUAAAGUAAACACGGCUCCCCUUUAAUGCACACAUCAUCGUGCAGAUAGCUCAGUGCUAACUUGUGCUAUUGAGCAAUCCACACGCAAAACUAGAUUAAAAAAUCUGCCAAUAAAUAGUUUCGGCGACGGGUGAGGACAGUACAUGCGUUUCAAUUUUUCAGCCAAGAAUUGGUUGGGGAUAAUAUGCUUUGGUCUUUCAUUCGGCGAGUAUUUAUUCACAACUUAGGUUUGAUUUUAAGUAAAAUUUCUAGUUUAUUAUUUUUUUCUACCGUUCGCCAUGAAGCGCCACCAUUAGGCGCCACGUUGUUUUGAUUACAGAAGCUCGUGGAAAUAAGCGACGAAGUAGCUGCAAAUGUCAUGUUUAAAUUCUAAUUAGUGAUUUUAUUUUUCAUUACAGUUAUGCCGAAUUAUAAAACGAACUAUCAUUGUUCGUAGGAGAGUCAUUGUAAUUUUGUAAACUCCUGAAACUUUCCGUAACAGCCAGACUACCUUACAUUUAUGUAUUUCAGCAGCGGAUUCAACGUAGCCAGCUGUGCUCUGUAACUACGAUGGAACCAGCUUCCCAUUUUGCUGCGAGAUGCUAGGCUAGAUGGCUAGCUUGCUAAUUGGGUCAUAAUACAUUGGGGAGCUGAUGCUUGUCGCCAAAAACAGCGAGGAGAUGCAUUUUGUUGCUGUUUCUCCAUAAUAUGUCAUGCAAACGUGCUCCGAUUUUCAUUUUAUUAAGAGUUUAUUUUUAACAUAGCUCAUCCCAUGCUAUUUGAAGUAUUUUAUCCCAGUGCUUUAACGUUACAGUGGCAAUGUAGUCGAAAUAUUUUGACACUGGCUCAUGCAUUUCUGAUCACAGCACAUUAGUGUUGCCCCUGUUAUGAUGAAGUAAAUAUGCCAGGACAUGGAUGCCUGUGUAGUGAUGAUGCAGCUACUCUGUCGAGGAUAAACAGGCUCACUGAGCUCUAGAACACGGAUGAUAGGCCAGAUUUUCAGAAUAUGAAAUAAACACUGAAAGACGAUUGUCAGUUUCUUUCAGGGAGAUUGUUUACGAUUAUUGAAAUGGGAAAAAAAAAUGUCGUCAGCUGGUAGCUCUGUGGCUCCUAUGGCAACAUUGGGGCCUAGCAGUCAGUGAGACAUAAACAGAGCCUUCUGGGUAAGCAGGCCAGCCUCUGCAACUACAUGAAGGCAUGUAAAAGCACUAUUUGGACCGUGUUAAUAAACCAGAACAUGCAUGCACUCAAACAGAGAACAUUUAUCAGGCAAACACACUGAAUUAUAUGUAGUGCACUCUUUUUUUUUUAUUUUUUAUUUUUUUAACAUCAUUCUGCAUGUGUCAUGGCUAUUUCAUGUUUACAGUAUGCUUCUAUGAUUGACUGCUCUGGAUUAAGGUGUGAAAUAUGCUUUCACAUGCUUUUAGCUGUUAGUAUUCACACUCUUUAAUUAAACUUUAUGACUGCUGACAGUGGGGUGUACAGAAUAUUUGGACUCGGGUGGCCCUUGGCAUGGGCCCCUACCAGAAACCAAUAAAGCAAACAUUUGCUGAUCUGUAAAAAUGACUGGAAAGCCAAAAAGGUGACAGGACUCUGAGCAUUUGACACCCAUUUUCCUGCAUCCUGGUGAAUAUUUGUACAACAAUUUGAACUGGACAUUUAACAGUUUUAGAGGAAAAUACAAAAUUAUGCCUGGAGCACCUACCGUAGUAUGUUUUAAUCUGUUAUUUUUCACAUAAAUUCAAAACUGGUUAGUUGAAUGUUUCACACAAUCUCAAAUGACACAACUCUGUUAAAGGUACAGUGUGUAGGUUUUAGCAUUGUUUAACAGAACAGGCUUGGUAGAUAAGGAGAGUGUGUUUAAAUCAGUGUUUUAUUACUGAAGUGUUAUUUAUUUAUUUUUUGUCAAAACUUUUUGACAAAACUUUUAUAAAUACAUAUGGGGAGGUUUGCUGCUAUGGAGGUCACCAUCUUGCACCGCAAUGUUGCUACAGUAGCCCAUAAUGGACAAACUCAUAAAUUAAUAUUGUAUCUAGUGAGCAUCUGUGCAAAACUGAUGAUUCUGAUGGAAAAUUCAAUAAAUGGAAUAUCAUACUUAGGUAUUCUUGUCUUUGAAAGCCACCGUAGUUUUACCAACAAGAGGGUGAGCAAGGGAGCAUUUCAGUCUACACUCUGCAACAAUGUUGUUAAAUAUUUCUAUUUCUAUGCACUGUUCCUUUAAAUAUUUAAAACUUGAGAAAAAAAGACAUUGUAGAGCAUGUAACUUUACUUACAAACUUAACAUGAUAACCAAACAUGAUGAGUUUAGAUUACCAAUUAGGCACUAGAUGAUUGUUUUAUCUAGUGAUAGACACAUUAUUCGGUUGGGUAGAUUAACAGCAUUUUGAAAAAAACUGUCAUCUGCUGAUAUGCUGAUGUGGUUGAUUAUAAUUAAAUAUAAUGUCAUGAAUACUUUGAAUUCAUUUGAACCAUGUACCUUACUUAGUCAACCAUGUAUAUUAGAUCUUAAUGUGUGUGAAAUAAUGGCUAUUAUUGUUAUAAAACUGUUAGAUUUUUUUAAUAUUAGUGCAGAGAAAAACAACAACAAUAUGAUAAUCUCAAUAACAUAUUGCCCAUGGGCUGACCUGCUCCAUAAAUAUCAGCACUGGUGUCGGCUGUUGAAAAACCAUCACUUGUUUUAUACAUUACAAAGAUAUAUGUGAGGACAUUAUUUGUUUAAAUCCAUCAGCAAGGCAUCUAUGAGGAAAAAUUCUCAUGUUUUUUUUUACACUAAUAAGAAACCAAAGAGGUCAUUUCAUCACUUCUAAUGGAAUUGGCACUUUAUACAAGCACAUAUUUUUACAUUAACUCACAAAAACAGACUGAUUUACCGAUAAAUUUUCUACUUAAAUGCCUCAAAAUUCAACCUUUACAGCACCACAAUUUGGCUGAUUUUGUUUUUAAACCCUCCCUGAUAUUUCACUGUUGUACGGUGGUUUCAUGCAGCUUUUUAUCUACACAGAAAAAUACUAUAAAGUCAUCAGUUUACUUUUGAAAACUUCUGCCCCUACCCACAUUUCCCCUCUUUUCCGAACAGAACAAUCACCCCCUUAAAUGGACAACAGGACCCUACGACAAACGGAGCAUCUGUACAUUAGAUAUGAGAUGCUAAACCUGUGAAAUGGUCGUUAAAGUCGAGCCCUCUGAAUAAUGGAUGAGCCCCCGGUGUGAGAGUUUCUCUGAGGUUUGAGACGGUCACAUGACUCAAAGUCAUGCUGGGUGACCUUGUUAUCACAGAAUCAGUUCAGCCUCUGACAAAUAAAAGAAAGAACUCACAGAUGCACUAUCAGUCAGCACUCACAGUGUCUGCAGAGAUGGAUAAACUUUGCUCUAAAGCUUGAUUAUAAGAUAUAUUUUACUCAAAACUUCCAAACUCAUCACAAUAAAUACAGAUUUUAGAGACAACAAUAUCAAACACAAAUCAAACAGUUACAAGAAGACUCAAAAUUUCCCAGGUAACCAAAAAUGGUUUUGGCUGAAGCUGGAGCUUAUUUUUACUCCAAGAGAGACUUGAAUUGUCUUUGUUUGGGUCUUAAAAAAGUCUGAAUUUAGUUUUGAUAUGUGUGCAGUAUUAAAAGUUUACUCACCCAUGUUAACCUCAUAUUUUUGUCCAUUAAACGUACAGAGAAGUCCUCUCAGUGUCCAGCUAUAUUAGGUUUCUGUGUUAAAAGCUUUCCUGUUACAUAACUUCCUUUAGACCCUGCUUAAGUUCAGUCCCUUCUGAAGGCAAAUGAUGUUAAAGAGCCACAGCAGCAUAGAUCUAUUUUUAGACCAUAUAGUACAAUAAAGCUAUUCAAAUGACAGAUUUCAUUUAGAUACUGUCCAGUAACUGUUCUAAUCUAAGACAGGCCUGGGUCAUUUUCCAGGAGAACCUCAACAGAAAUCUGGAUAUGAAGCACUUACUAGCUGUGUUCAUUUCUUGGGUUGUGUGAUCCGAUUUGGCUUGUUUUUGGCUGCAUUUUUCAUCCUUUAUUCCUGUAGCAACACAUGUAUUAUUUAGUUUUUGUGUUUGAUUCUGAUUUUUGAGUUUGGAUUAUUUCUGACUUUUUAGCCUGAUUGAAAGUCCUUCAGACAUAAUUUCCUGCACUCUUUCUUAAUCAUAGAAAUUCUGAAUUACUUAAUGGUCUAAAACCACGUCGCACAGGUAGAAGACCAAGGAGUGCAUUGUUCAGUUAGCGUUAACAUAGUGUGCAGUUAUUCUGAGAGUUAUCUGAUUACUAACUGACGUCCAGGGAUCCCUGGUUAAUGCAUCAUCAUUGGCACUUUACAGGUGUCUCUGUUUGAUUCUCUUGUUUCGCACAGGUUCAGUAUAUGAGGAAGUGCUGUUCCCUGCGGCAGUAAAUAUCUGUGAAGAUUCACACUCUAAAAUAAAAGCCAAGUCAGUCUGAUUAGCUGCACCUGUGUUCUUAGCUCUCAGGUGUUAGCUCAAACUGGAAGUACUUGAGUGACAUUUCAGUUCUGUUUGAGACAAAGUGAAUUUUACUUUUAGCCUGUCAGCUGAUCCAUCUGGAAAGUUUUUCAAAGUAAAAUGUGUCACCCAGAAGUUUGAGGGUAUAGUUAUUAUCCAUGAUGCUGGCAGGAAGACCAUAAAGACACCCCAGAGACUUAGCUAACUUUAAAGAAGUGAGUGCAAUCUGGACCUUUCAGUGUUAAUUUAAACUGAAUUGUGCCUGAGAAAACAAAGUCACCCAUAAAGUGUCAAAGAUGGGCCUGAUGAUACCAAGUUUAUGGCUAGGCUGUCCCACAGGUAUCUAUUCAGGGCCAUCUUUUCUUCACUGUAAUCUUUUAACUGGGCUAUUUUUCAAAUAAAAGAUAUCUUUAUUUUCUCAUCCACUGGUUCCUGUAAACCACAGCUUCUGAUCUCAGUGAGAGAAGCUAGUGAGCUAAGGACUAUCUUAGUAAACAUGGACCCACCCUUAUACCGCUGUGCUCUAACCACAAACGUGCUCAUACUGCCUGUGUAAUCAGGGAUGAUUUACAGCUCGGUUACAAGGUGAAAGGGAUUAACUGCCUGCCAGCAGUACUACGAGUCCAGAGGACUGGGAUGAUAGCAGGCUUUGCUGUCCUGAAAAAGCCUCAAUAAAGAUUCAGAUAAACAAACAAACAAACAACCAAACAAACUGUGAUUAAAAGACAGCAUAAUGUCAACCUUUUUGCUGCUGAAUGCUGUGUUCUUUGUUCUAGAUAGUUUCAGUAGACAGGCUGAAGUCCUGGUUCAGAGAAAUCUAGCAACAGUUACAAAACAGAGGCUCAUCAGGGAGGAGGGCUAUCCUGACUGUGAUACAAUUCCUUGGUACCUCGUUGAGCUUCUUAACACACUUGGAGGGUCAUGGCCAGGUCUAAUUUAGUCACAGGAGAGCACCUGUAAUCCUGUGGAUUUAUAGUAAGUGACCUGGCUCCCUACCUGGUUUAAUAGGAUUCUCUAAUGUUGGACCAGAAACCAGGAAGACACCAGAUUACAACUGGAACAUUGGCUGGAUAUGAGGCAUCGUGUGUGAGCACAUGCAGGAUGGUAGAUGUUAUUCUCCCGGCAUCAGGCCGCGCAGCGCUUAACUGUUUCCAUGGAGUAUGUUUCAGUCUGUCUCUGGAACUGGACUUUAUUUUGACAGGCAGGCUGGGAGAUCAUCUGAGCUUAAUUAAUCUGCUUUCCAGCUCAGGUUUGCACAAUAAUUACCACUUAAUUAUGGAGCUGUUGUUGAUUUGAUUAGUAGGCUGUUGUAGGUGAUAGAAUUUGCCAACCCUGGUUAGGGGUUUAACUUGAGAUCGUAACGCAAGCAAGAGGAGGCAGCUACAAAAUAAAAAAAACUGUCUUUCACAGCUGUGAAGGCUCCAUUAAUGCUGAACAAUAUCUCCAGGUUUAGGAGCAACAUGUGCUGACAUCCAGACAGAGACUUUUUCAGGGAAGACCUUCAUAUGAUCCCAAACCACAUUCUGACAACAGGGAUUACAACAGCAUGGCUCUGUAGGAGAGGGGUCCUGCUGAUCAACUGGUCUGACUGCAGUCCUGACUUGUCCCCCGUUGAAAACAUUUGGAGCAUCAUGAGAAGAAAUGACCAUGAGCGUUCUCACCAGUGACUGCUGCCUGUCUGCAGGCGGCUAAAAGCUGCAUAGAUUCAGAGUUUGUAUCCAGAUGACUCACUGCCGAUGUUUCCUUCUGAUCAAGCUAAUGUGUCCAUGUCUCUUUCGCCUUUGUGUCUGCAGUUGAAAGGACUAAAUCACAGCAGGUACGGAGUUCAGGGGCUAUUUGGCGGACUUCCUCCCUGGGCACUAUCACUGGGCCCUACCUCACUGGGCAGUGGCCUCGUGACCCCCAUGUGCACUACCCAUCUUGUAUGAAAGAUAAAUCCACACAGGUAAGCACAACCUCUGUUGCUGUGACACCAUCAGGUAUCAUUCAGAGAUGAGAAUGCAUGUGAAGAUUUAAGGAAAAUGAGUAAAUGUGUGAAUGAUCUCCAAAGCCACAUGUUAAGCCUUGUGAGGCUUUUUGUUUAAUCUCUUAACUGGAGGGUUUUUUUUUUUGCAUAAAAAUUGCUGUCGGGAGACAAAAGAGCUACACCUGAGUGGGGGAUGUUGAGGUUUGUGAUCAUCAUCAGUUAGAUUUUCAGCACUCUGAGUGAAGACUGUGAGUCAUCUGACUUUAAAGCUCCUGUGUUUUUCCAGCUCCUGUGCCGGUGAAGGAUUUCAGAUGUUUUCUGAGGGUGAGGCCGGCUCACUGAGUUCUGUGUUUAUUCUACCUGUUCUUGAUUGUGGUAAUGCUCACUGUCAUUCUUGACCUUAAUUUGUGCCCACACCUUCCUGCUCUGUGGUCGUCUCCUGCUGCUGAACUUCUGAUGCCCCACACACACACACACACACACACACAAACACACACACACACACACACGCUGUUCUUUACAUCCUGUGUCCACCAUGCUGUGUGACAUUUCCCACCUACGCAUCUGUGGAGCUUCAAAAGCCUGAUGACCUGUUUGCUGGUAGUUCAGCGUUUAUUAUUAACUCCUGAAGUCACACAAAGGCCUGAUUGUUCCUGUCAGUCUGUGUGCUGCUGUCGGAUGAAUGUUUUUAUUCGCUGGGAGGUCUUCCUCUUUUUAAUCAGAUAUCCAAAGACUGUGUUCCAGCUAACAUGAGCCGCACAGUGAGAACAAAGAAAAGUCUGAGGUGAAACCUCGUCAGCAGACAAGAAUGGAGACCUGAGAUGAAGGGUCCAUCACUUUUACAGCCCUCUUCUGUCAUGCAUGUGUAACUGGAUUAACGCAGAUAUUGACUUUGUUGGUAACGUACAUGCUGCCAUAGGUCUGCAGAUUUAAGUGCAGCUGUUUGAAGUUGUUGUUGGAAUCGUUUUCCUUGCAGAAUGCAAAUCCAAGCGGCCGAGAUCAUCUUCAUGUUGAAAAACAUCAACUGAUUGAAGCAGUGAGACAAGGGGAUUUGGUAACUUGAAAUUGAUUCAGUAACUUUUUAGCCAAAAAUUCAAAGAGUGUGACUGUGAAAUAAACAGCUGGAAGUCCCACUACAAUCUUUUUUUUUGUGUGUGUGUUACUACUGAAAGUGUUCUCAGCGGUCUUUAAAUUGGGAUUAUGAAGUUUUUAACCAAAAUCGUUUUACUUGUGUCAUUUUCAAAGACUUUUCUUCUGCAGAGCUCCAGUAGCUCAUUUUCUAAUGGCCUCUGAGUUGUGGGCAGAGACAGCGCUGCUCUGCAUACUUCUCUCCACGCUAGCUUGUAGCCUAACAUUGCCGGUAUGGCAGAAGUGGCAGGUAACAUAGGAGCUAUUCAGCUCUCGGACAUUAGUGUCUUUGGGGCCAUGAUGAAAGUUAAUAUUGUAAUCAUUAUAAUUGGGUCUGUCAGAGAUUCACAGCAAUUUGAAUGCAGAAAUACUUUGAAAUGCAACUUUGCACUAACUUUUCUCAUGAUAUGUCCUGUAGCAUCAGAGAAAUACCAUAUGAACAUGUAGACAACAAGAAAAACAGGGUUUUCAUCGGUGUGGGUCUUUAAAUAUUCAGUAAAUUCUGGAUGAAAAUACAGUAAGUGCAUCUAACAUUUCUGCUACUUCUGCUGUUGUUUUUCAGCAUAGAAAUAAUACAACUACAACAUACACUGGGCUGCAAUGGUGGCUUGAUAAUUUCUCGCUUGUCAACUAUUCCUCUACCAUUCACCAUGCUAUGUUUUUGCCAUGCUUAAAUCUAGUGGCUUAUUUCCUGGUAUCAAUACAAUCGAUUUAUCGCAUUUUAAAACAAUGUUAGAUCAAUAUAUGUCGUCCUGAAGGCCAAUUUGCUGAGCACAGAUUGAUUUAGUUGGAUCAUAGAAAUAUAUAAAUCGAUACAUCGUUGUUGUAGAUGAAUCGUUACACCCCUAGUAUUUUACUACUUUGCUACUGGGGUCGUAGUCACUGGCUUGUUUCUCAGAGCUGAACAAAUGGCUCUUUGAGUUGGACACAGUGAGACAAUGGUCCAGUUUCCUCUGGGUGUUGGAUGGGAGGUAGUAUUGCACUAAUGUGUGUAUGCGAGUGUGCUCUUGGAUGAGACAGUUCAGUAAAGAGCUCUCUCGCUCUGUCACAGCGCCCAGCUCGGCUUUCACUGAGCUGUGUGUGAAUACUCCGUACUACAUGUCUGUCUGUCUGCGCUUCCUUUAUGAACCUGUCACAUUGAUCAUUUAUUUGUUUCUGAGAGCAGUAAAACCUCUACUGAUAGUGACGACGGCUAAAAUUACAAACCCAACUCCAGUAGAGUUAAAACACACUGCAGAAAUUGUUGGUUUGUGACUCACUUAAAGUCUUUAUUUCAUCGAGAAUAGUCAAAGACGACAUAUUGAUGUUGUACUUUUAUUUUGGUUUUUUUGGAUGUCAAACAGGCAGCAGGACUCUUCUCCUACAGAGCCAUGCUGUUGUAAUCCCUGUUGUCAGAAUGUGGUUUGUCAUUGUCCUCCUGAAAUAUGAAGGUCUUCCCUGAAAAAGUCUUUGUCUGGAUGUCAGCAGAUGUUGCUCCUAAACCUGGAGAUAUUGUUCAGCAUUAAAGGAGCCUUCACAGAUGUGGAAGAUACCCAUGACAUGGACUCUGAUGAUCCCCUAACCCAGGGGUCGACAACCUUAAACACCCAAAAAGCCAUUUGGACCAGUUUCCCACAGAAAAGAAAAAACACAGGGAGCCACAAAACCCCUUUGGCAUCUAAAAUGAAGACAACAUUUGCAUAUUGUUUUUUUUUUUUUUUUAACUUUUAUAAAAAACUAGUGAGUUGCAUUUAUGAAAUAAAUGAACUGCUGCAGAGAAAAGGAAAUUUUAUUUCUGCAGGCAAACAAAAAUAUUUUAAACAGUUUGAAAUAAACUUAAAGACCCAUUUUGAUGAAAAUCAUGUUAUUCUUGUUGUCUACAUGCUCAUACAUCAUUUUCCAGAAGCUACAGGACAUAUCAUCACUAAUACAAGAGUGAAAUUUCAUUUCUGAGUAUUUCUGCAUUUAAAUCACUGUGAAUCUCUGGCAGACCCAAACGGGAGUCUCAGACGCAGGGAGAUUUCUUACAACUGCAAGCUCCGCCCUCAGAGCCCUGCUAUGCAGGCCACACUCGGAGUAGUAGAGAGGAUGAUCGCACAACAAGCGUGUGCGUUAAAUAAAAAACAUUAUUUCACUGAACAAUCUAAGAUAUUAUAUAUUUGCAAAAUGUUAACCAAUUAAAAUGUGAGAUUUACUUGCCUAAUGUGACUUUCGCUCCUGAACCUCAGCACACAGUGUUUCCACAUCCAGGCUGUGUGACAUCACUUUCAUCUUCACACAGGUUUUCGGUUUUCCCUAGUCAGCAGUUAUGAUGCAUAUUUUGAGUGAUAAAAAAAUUAUUUAAUGUUACAAGAGCGUUAUAAUCUUUGAAUUUAGAAUUACACAAAAAAACUAAACUGAAAUCAAUUUAAAUGAAAUACUUAUUAUUUAUUUUCCAAAUCCACAGGGAGCCGCAGCUUAGGGAAGAAAGAGCCGCUUGCCCUAACCUUUAGGGAUGCUGGAUUUGGACUGGGAGCUGAUAAUAAGCACAGGAGUCCCUAUUUCUUAGAGCCAAGGAUGUGGCGUCCAUGAAUUCCAAGAAAAAUGAUAAGUUUGAUUUGUCAGACUGUUACUUCCAAUGGAUGCAGUGACAAAUUGUGUUCAAAGACAGUUGUUUUGAAAGGGAUUCUGAGCCCAUGCAGUGAUUUCCACUCCAGAGUCCUGUCUGUUUUUAAUGCAGUGCUGCCUGAGGGCCUGAAAACCAGUAACCAUCCAGUCUUGGUUUUGGUUCUUGUCUCUUUAGUUCAGAGAUUUUUUCAGAUUCUCCAAAUCUUUGAAUGAUAUGAUGUUCUGUAGAUGAUAAAAUCCACUCAUUCUUUCACAUUUGACACUCAGGAACAUUAUUCUGAAACUGUUGAACUAUUAACUCACACAGUCUCUCACAGAGUGGUGAACCUCUUCCUAUCUUUCCUCCUGAGAGACUCAGCCUCUCUGAAUGUUCUUUUUAUACCCAGUCAUGUUACUCACCUGUUGGAAGUUCACCUCAUUAGUUGGAGAUGUUCCUCCUGCUGUUUUUUUUAGCAUUUCACCUUUUGACCUCAUUGGUUUUUCCUCUAAGAGCUCUACCUGUUUAGUUGUUUUAGCUUCAGCUUUUUUGGAACAUGUUGCAUGCAUCAAAUCUAAAAUGAGUCGAUGAGUUUCAUAUGACGAUAAAAUCUUUGAGUUUCAAAAUUGAAUAUACCAAUUCAUUUUUUUUGUAGGAUUGGGACUGUACAACACAGAUCACAUUUUAGUUUUAGUGUGAAAAUGUCCAAUUCAAGUUCACAUUCUCCAAAUUUUUAUGCAUUCAUGAUGUUUUUUUUUUUUUUUCUUUUUCAGACUCCUGGAUGUUGGAGUGACAAAGCAGCAGAUAAGAGGAGCACCCACCAGCGCUCUGCGUCCUGGGGCAGUGCCGACCAUCUCAAAGAGGCAUGACUCUGACUUUAAUAAUCCUAACCCUAACCGUAACGCUCUUCUUUUUCAAAAACUAUAAGAACAUUUACUUACAUAAACAGCUGGUUAGAUUCUGUCAUAAACAUUUGAAACUUUAAUUUUUUACUGGUGAGACUGAAUGUUGUCAUCUCUCAGUGACAUUUAGAUAGAAACUGAUCAAAAAUAUCUGAAAAUCUGCAGGUUUUAUUUGACAGUCAGACUUAUGAGGACAGAAAUGUUGAGAGAGCAGCACCACAGGAACUCUCUAAGUGUUAUGGCGUUUUCCUCAAGCGGUAUUACCUCCUGUGUGACUUGGUACAGUGUCUUUGUGGUGCUGAUGGGGUGCAGCAGCAGUGACACACACUUCCUGUGAAGCUGCACCCAGCAUGGCACUAUCAGCCCCUCUCAGCUCCAUCAUGCAGCAGCAGGGAGGCGGCAGAUAACGCUAUCUCCUUCUUAACUACUCACUUCCCCUCUUUGAAACGACCAUAACCCGACGCAAUUUAUGGUCAGCCAAGCCCCAGCUGGCUCCUCUCUGCCUGCUGCAGCAGAGAACAAUGAGGGCCGGCUGGAUGACGGUUCAGCCCUCGGUAAUGUGUGCACAGGCACGUUACUAAGUUACAGGGCCGCAGAGGAGGAGUGCCGCUGACACAGAAUCCACAGAUGUCAGGAGAUAAGAUACAAGGAGGCAAGAAGGAAGAUGCAGACUGAGCUGAGCAGCUGCUGUUAGAAACUGCGACGUACAGAAAUGAGCAUUUGAGCAAAGCUGGGCUCCAUGAUUUUUUAAAGGGACAUCAAGUGAUGACAAACUUGUAAAGAAAUAUGAACUCAGCGUUAUUUUUGUUUAAAAAGAGAACUUUAAUUUAAUGUCAAAGUGUAAACAUUUAUGUCUUACAAGAAAAAUCAACACCAAUCAUUCAAUCUGUUUCAAGAGAACAGAAAAAUGAAGCAAAAGUGCAUCGAAGUAUUAGUCAGUAUCAACAUACAAAGUGCUUUUUGCUUAAGUGAACACUGGUGACUCAGCUGAAAUGAACAGGGGAAACCCCUGCUGCACAGUGAUGCACCACUUUUACUCUCACCCUCUCGCCCAAGUUAACAGAGUCGCUGCACAGCAGGGACUCCAAAGAGGAACUGGACGAGGAGGUGGAGAGCUCUCUGAACUCCAAGCAAAAAUAUAUUUGAAAUAUAUUCAAAAAAUGAAAUUGAAUCAAAUGGGGUCAAGAUAUUUGCAAAGUUCUGACUCAGUCUUUUGCAGGAGUUGCAUCUUUCUGACAUGCAGCCUUUAAAAAUGAGCUUUAGAGUUAGAAAGAAGUCAGCUUAGUUGAGUUUUUGCAUGUUAAUGUGACAUUUUAAUAUCAGAGUUCUGUUAGCAUGUGACAUUUAGAGUCGGCACACUGUUGAGAAAAACAUGAAAGGCUCCAGAUCGGGGUGAAGACUGAGAGGGAAACAAAAACUAGAAGGACUCCUCGGUGUAACUGGUUCAGAGGCUCUAAUCUGGGGAUCACAUAACAGCUGUUUGACACAGAGGCCACAUUGAUAAGCACUGCAUGUGUUGUGAGGAGAGACAGUGUGAGGAGGACUGUGUGAGGGGACAUGUACGUACAUGUUCUGGAGCACUGGUGAUUGUGGGAGGACUGGGAAAUCAAACCUACAGAUUUAUGUGACAGAUAGGUGUUGGUACCUGCAGGGCAUUUCUGCCUGACGCACCUCCGACGGUGCCUAGACUCCAACUGCAGGGUUGCGGCUGAGAGCCAUCCUGGCCUCGCCCCUCUCCAGGUAGUGACCCUAGACUCUGCAUGGCAGGGGCGUCCUCCUCCCUGAGCCAGGCUUGCACCUGACCCCAUACCUGAUGGUUGGGAAGCGAAGGUUGAAACCUCAUGGGCCGCUUCCAUCGGGUCCACUUCAGCCAGUACAGAAGUACCAGCUGCAGGGUCAUCAGCUAGGAGCCAUCCUUCACUGAUGUUUCGCCCCUUUGAUCACCAGAACAUCUCAGGAUGGUGGGGCAGCGGUCAGGGACGUCUCCCCGCCACUCCCUGCAGCUGGACUUCGGCACUCAGGCUUACUGUGUGGCAUCUCGAUUCCCCCAACUCCUGUCUUUUCUUCUCAGCCAGAGCCAGAAACUUCCCUUUUCUGCUUCCUCUGAGAGAUCCUGUAGGACCUUCCUGGCCUUUGCUGCUGUGAAGCCGAUGUCCCUCAGGAAGCGGUUUGUUGAGAGGCCAGCAUAGCCGCGGCAGCCAACUUCAACUGGAUAGGUUGAUGCUCUCCAGCCUUUCUCUUCACAUUCUGCCACCAACUCUGCAUAACGGGCCAUUUUCCUCUCAUACGCUUCCUGGAUGUUCUGCUCCCAAGGGACCGUCAACUCGACUAACAGGACUCGCUUCUCAGUUGAGGACCACAGGACGAUGUCGGGUCUCAGUGUGGUGGUGGUGAUGUCGAAAGGGAAGCGUAGCUGCUUGUCAAGGUCAGCUCUCAUUGACCAGUCUUUGCCUGGAGUCAGGACCGCUGCUCUGUCUGCUUUAGGGCAGUUUUUCUUGGCUUGUCCCGCUGUUACAAACUGGACCUGCUGCCUUUGUUGGGAUGUUGUCUUCUCAUUGGCCAGGACUCUCAUGUUCUCUGUGUGCUCCGCCAACUUUCUUAGCACCUGGUCAUGACGCCAUGUGUAUCGGCCCUGGGCCAAGGCUGUUGGACAGCCGCACAAGAUGUGGCGAAGAUUUCCCUUGCCUGUUUCGCAGAGGCUACAGUUGUCCUCAGAUCCAUACCACUGUGCCAGGUUCGUUGGGCUAGGAAGAGUGUCAUAUGUGGCUCUGAUUAGAAAGCUCAGUCUUGCCUGAGGCAUCUUCCACAGGUCGUUCCAUUUUACUGACCUUGGUAGGAAGCCCUCCCACUUUGUCCACUGACCUUGCUGGCAUUGGCCAAUAGACUUGGCAAAGAACCUGUCUUCCUCCAUCCUUGUCACCUCUGUGACCACUAGCUGUUUCCUUUCUUUCAAGGAUGCCUUUGACCACAUCUUUUGUGGCUCUCCCCAGCCCAGGCCACGCCUUCCUUGCUGUGUUCUUCCGACAAGCUCUUGAUGUUUCAAUCUGGAGAUUGCAUCGUCCACACACUCCUCUGCCUUCCAUGCUCGGCCUGUCCGGAUCUUAGCCCCAGCAUUUCUGACCAGAUGGUCACUUGACUGUCGGAGUUCCAGCACCAGCCUUGACUUCUCCAGCCUAUACCCAGUUGAGAUGUUCUUCACUGGUAGCUGCAGUGCAUUUCUUCCAAACAGCGCUGCAUCGGAGAGGCAUCUUGGGAGCCCAAGCCAUUUUCUGAUGUAGUUGUUGGCCUUGGCAUCCAGCUUCGUGACUGUUGUUGCCGUUAUCUCACACAUCUUUAGGGGCCACAUCACCCGCUGGUAUAGUGUGAAUUGAUAACACCAGACUUUGAACUUGCCAGGAAGGUAGCUCUGGUCAAUCCUUUUUAACCCCUCUUUCAGUUGGUCUGUGACUGCAGCUGCCAUGUGCUUGUCUGUGAGAUCCGCUGUAUAUUCUCUGCCAAGGCUUCUGAGUGGUUGUUCUGCAAGUACGGGAAUUCUCUCUCCUGCCACUAGAAAAGAGACUGAGUCCAUUUGUCUACCCUUGCGGAUUGAGAGGCUGCGAGACUUCUUGGAUUUUAUCCUCAUCCUGGCCCAAGACAGCAACUCUUCAAACCUUUUGAGGAGCCGUGCUGUACACACAGCGGUCUGCAGUAGGCUUGUAACAUCAUCCAUGAAGCAGCGAAGUGGUGGCAAUCGUAGGCCUGCGCUAUUGCGCACUCCUCUGACCAUGGUCCUCGCUCCGAUCAGGAUGACCUCAAAAGCGGCUGUGAAGAGGAUGGGUGAGAUUGAGCACCCCAUCGCUAUUCCUCUUCCCAGUUGCUGCCAGUCAGUUGUAUAGCUCUGCAGGGAAUGGCAGAUCUUCACGUCCGCAUAAUAGCUCUCGAUGAUGUUCUUGACCCCUACAGGCACAUGAAAAAAGUCCAAGGCAAAACUAAUCAGCUUAUGUGGGACAGAACCAUAAGCGUUUUCCAAGUCCAACCAUACGACAUGGAGGUCCUUCUUUUCUCUCUUGGCAAACUGGAUCUGGUCCCAGAUUAUCGUUGCGUGUUCUGAGCAACCUGAGAACCCUGGGACACCAGCUUUCUGGCAGCUUGUGUCGAUGUAGUUGUUCUGUAGCAGGAACUUGGUCAUUCUUUUGGCAAUGAAAGUAAAGAAAAUCUUUCCUUCUACGUUGAAUAGAGCAAUGCUUCGGAAUUGGCCGAUGGUGGAAGAAACCUGAUCUUUUGGAAUCAGGAUGGCCACAGCUCUACGCCACUCAGCGGGGACGCUCUGUUGUUUCCAAAUCAGCCUCAUCAAUUUCCAUAGCUCUUCCAGGACUUGAGGGCAUCUUUUGUAGAGCUUGUAUGGAAUUCCAUUUGGUCCGGGGGCGGAGCUCGACCUUGCUCUUCUUACUGCAUCUCUCACUUCACUCAGCUUGGGUGGUACUAGCUCAAACUCUGUGGUUGGAGCAGUUGGUUGGGGAACAUGGCCAGGGGAUCCAAGAGGGAGAUGCCGUCCUGCAUCGGACAUCUGCCUCUUUAUGUGCUCCUCGAGGUCUUCCUUUGCCAUGACCAGGGUACCACUCCUUUUCUCCUCCAGCAGGCUUCUGGCCAUUUUAAAGGGGUCCUUUAGGAAUCUUGCGCGCUGACUCUCUUUCCUCUUCCUCCUCUUUCGAAUGCGCUCGGCCCUCCUGAGUGAUGAUAGGUGGCAUUUCACUUCAUCCCAUAACGCCUGGAGGCCUUCCUUCUCAUUUGCCUCAGCCUUUCUCCAAGCCUUGCGUAGUGCUCUUCGUUCUUUCACGAGCUGGAGGAUUUCCUUUUCUCUUCUACUCAUGGCUUUGGGCAGGUGUUUCUUUUUCUUCUCCUUUUGGCCAAACCUGCCAAGGCAUUCAUCGUAGAUUAUCUCACUGAAGAUGUUGACUUUGUUUUCCACUUUGCCUUUGAGGACGUUCUUAAGAGUGGUUGCCAGGUCAUCGUCCAACUUGCUCCAGAUGUCAGAGUCUUUUGCCUUUGGCCACAAGAUGUUGUUUUUUCUGCCAGGUUCUUUCUCCUUCCUUCUGUCCUCGGUUGUUGGGAUCAUUUCUUCCGGUUGAGGGUUCACCAGUGGGUUUGUGUCAGGGGGUUCUGAUGGCACUUGACCAUCUGCAACAGUGGGCUCGUUAGCGCUGUGGUGCUCAACCUGGCUUUGUUCCCUUCUUGUCUCAUCUGCCUGGGCAGUGCAAGGUUGCACUCGGUCAUCCCUGCGACACUUUUUGAUCCCUUGGUGAAUUCUCAAUCCCUUGAAGGUUGUUUCCUUCAUCCAUCCACACGUGCACGUCCUGAGAAUCUUUUCCUUUGUCGUGUCCGUUCCGUUCGUUGCCGUUGCGUCUGUCCGUACUGGUCCUUCUUUCAUCCCACCUCUCGGAGGACCACUGGGUUGUCUUUUCUUUUCUUUGCUUGUAGUUUGCUUGAGUUGGCCUAGGUUGGCCUGUGGGAAGGGUAACUAGCCCGCCCACCCCAGUUGCAGUCUUCCCCGCUGCCAGUCAGACUUUCCUGACAGUCCUCCAGUCUUCCCUGGACUCCAACUGAUCUAUUCUCAGUAGUCACUGGUUUCCCAGAAAGCAGAUUUAUGUGACAGAUAGGUGUUGGUACCUGCAGGGCAUUUCUGCCUGACGCACCUCCGACGGUGCCUAGACUCCAACUGCAGGGUUGCGGCUGAGAGCCAUCCUGGCCUCGCCCCUCUCCAGGUAGUGACCCUAGACUCUGCAUGGCAGGGGCGUCCUCCUCCCUGAGCCAGGCUUGCACCUGACCGCAUACCUGAUGGUUGGGAAGCGAAGGUUGAAACCUCAUGGGCCGCUUCCAUCGGGCCCACUUCAGCCAGUACAGAAGUACCAGCUGCAGGGUCAUCAGCUAGGAGCCAUCCUUCACUGAUGUUUCGCCCCUUUGAUCACCAGAACAUCUCAGGAUGGUGGGGCAGCGGUCAGGGACGUCUCCCCGCCACUCCCUGCAGCUGGACUUCGGCACUCAGGCUUACUGUGUGGCAUCUCGAUUCCCCCAACUCCUGUCUUUUCUUCUCAGCCAGAGCCAGAAACUUCCCUUUUCUGCUUCCUCUGAGAGAUCCUGUAGGACCUUCCUGGCCUUUGCUGCUGUGAAGCCGAUGUCCCUCAGGAAGCGGUUUGUUGAGAGGCCAGCAUAGCCGCGGCAGCCAACUUCAACUGGAUAGGUUGAUGCUCUCCAGCCUUUCUCUUCACAUUCUGCCACCAACUCUGCAUAACGGGCCAUUUUCCUCUCAUACGCUUCCUGGAUGUUCUGCUCCCAAGGGACCGUCAACUCGACUAACAGGACUCGCUUCUCAGUUGAGGACCACAGGACGAUGUCGGGUCUCAGUGUGGUGGUGGUGAUGUCGAAAGGGAAGCGUAGCUGCUUGUCAAGGUCAGCUCUCAUUGACCAGUCUUUGCCUGGAGUCAGGACCGCUGCUCUGUCUGCUUUAGGGCAGUUUUUCUUGGCUUGUCCCGCUGUUACAAACUGGACCUGCUGCCUUUGUUGGGAUGUUGUCUUCUCAUUGGCCAGGACUCUCAUGUUCUCUGUGUGCUCCGCCAACUUUCUUAGCACCUGGUCAUGACGCCAUGUGUAUCGGCCCUGGGCCAAGGCUGUUGGACAGCCGCACAAGAUGUGGCGAAGAUUUCCCUUGCCUGUUUCGCAGAGGCUACAGUUGUCCUCAGAUCCAUACCACUGUGCCAGGUUCGUUGGGCUAGGAAGAGUGUCAUAUGUGGCUCUGAUUAGAAAGCUCAGUCUUGCCUGAGGCAUCUUCCACAGGUCGUUCCAUUUUACUGACCUUGGUAGGAAGCCCUCCCACUUUGUCCACUGACCUUGCUGGCAUUGGCCAAUAGACUUGGCAAAGAACCUGUCUUCCUCCAUCCUUGUCACCUCUGUGACCACUAGCUGUUUCCUUUCUUUCAAGGAUGCCUUUGACCACAUCUUUUGUGGCUCUCCCCAGCCCAGGCCACGCCUUCCUUGCUGUGUUCUUCCGACAAGCUCUUGAUGUUUCAAUCUGGAGAUUGCAUCGUCCACACACUCCUCUGCCUUCCAUGCUCGGCCUGUCCGGAUCUUAGCCCCAGCAUUUCUGACCAGAUGGUCACUUGACUGUCGGAGUUCCAGCACCAGCCUUGACUUCUCCAGCCUAUACCCAGUUGAGAUGUUCUUCACUGGUAGCUGCAGUGCAUUUCUUCCAAACAGCGCUGCAUCGGAGAGGCAUCUUGGGAGCCCAAGCCAUUUUCUGAUGUAGUUGUUGGCCUUGGCAUCCAGCUUCGUGACUGUUGUUGCCGUUAUCUCACACAUCUUUAGGGGCCACAUCACCCGCUGGUAUAGUGUGAAUUGAUAACACCAGACUUUGAACUUGCCAGGAAGGUAGCUCUGGUCAAUCCUUUUUAACCCCUCUUUCAGUUGGUCUGUGACUGCAGCUGCCAUGUGCUUGUCUGAGAGAUCCGCUGUAUAUUCUCUGCCAAGGCUUCUGAGUGGUUGUUCUGCAAGUACGGGAAUUCUCUCUCCUGCCACUAGAAAAGAGACUGAGUCCAUUUGUCUACCCUUGCGGAUUGAGAGGCUGCGAGACUUCUUGGAUUUUAUCCUCAUCCUGGCCCAAGACAGCAACUCUUCAAACCUUUUGAGGAGCCGUGCUGUACACACAGCGGUCUGCAGUAGGCUUGUAACAUCAUCCAUGAAGCAGCGAAGUGGUGGCAAUCGUAGGCCUGCGCUAUUGCGCACUCCUCUGACCAUGGUCCUCGCUCCGAUCAGGAUGACCUCAAAAGCGGCUGUGAAGAGGAUGGGUGAGAUUGAGCACCCCAUCGCUAUUCCUCUUCCCAGUUGCUGCCAGUCAGUUGUAUAGCUCUGCAGGGAAUGGCAGAUCUUCACGUCCGCAUAAUAGCUCUCGAUGAUGUUCUUGACCCCUACAGGCACAUGAAAAAAGUCCAAGGCAAAACUAAUCAGCUUAUGUGGGACAGAACCAUAAGCGUUUUCCAAGUCCAACCAUACGACAUGGAGGUCCUUCUUUUCUCUCUUGGCAAACUGGAUCUGGUCCCAGAUUAUCGUUGCGUGUUCUGAGCAACCUGAGAACCCUGGGACACCAGCUUUCUGGCAGCUUGUGUCGAUGUAGUUGUUCUGUAGCAGGAACUUGGUCAUUCUUUUGGCUACAGUCUUAAAGAUCCUCACCCUGAACACGCUGCUCUCGUUUCGCUUAUUUAGAGGAUUUGGAGGGACUUUGACAGAUCCAGAGACAUCCGGAUUCUCUCAGAAUGUUUCAAAGAAGUUCUGACAAAAACACAAACAAACCUCUGUAGAACUGUCAAAGCCUGAUUCUGGCCACGACAAACUCAGAUUACAGGGAAUUAACUCAGAGCCAGUCCCGACUAAGCUUAUGCCCUGGUGCACCCUCACAUAGGUUACACCCCUGGCGGUCACCCACACUGCCCACAGCAAAAACCACCAUAACUGACAUUUCUGCAGGCUGCAUGUAGGAACAAGCAGAAACUUCAGCUCCACUCUGCUGGUUACUCUUUUUAGUUGUCUCAUUUCUCCUGUGUUCCUCUCUCCUGGUUCCAGAUUGUGAAGCUCCGACAUCAGCUCCAGCGGAGUAAAGGAGGACGCCACAGCAGAGACAAGGACCGACUGUCCCCCCUCCAGUACACCCCCAUCACCUACACCGCCAUAACAAGCACCUCCAACCAUACCUCCAUAGCUAGCCACAUCCAGGUACUGAUUGGUCUUUAACAACAACCUGUAACAAGGUCCCUGAAGCUAAAGAUAGUGGGGACGUUUGUUCAUUUUAGAGAUUUAAAAUGUGGAUUCAUCAAAAACGGUUAUUAAGGAUGCAGCUCCAGAUGUGCUGUGCUCACAUUGCUGAUUCUGUCACAUAGCUUUUCAGACUCACGCACCUCCCUCUCCUCCUGCUCUCCUCUCUCCUCUCUCUUCUCUUCUCCUCCUCUUCCUCCUCCUGCUCUCCCUGCUUUCCUCUUGUGGUUGCCUGAUAGUUUGCAGCCGACUGAGCUUAUAAUAAUGAAGUUUCAGUCAAUGCUGUGAAGGCAGGGAGGGAAAUGUGCUUCAUUUAGGGCAAAUCAAGUGCAGCACAGCAGGUGAGAGGGCCAGUGAAACCUUCAAACUGUUGGCCCAGUCUGUCAAUCAUGCAGCCAGUCCAUCUGACCAGUACUACUGUGGAGCCCUGCUAUGGGAAAUGAAGUUUCUGUCCUAGAAAAACACUAACUCUUUGUUGUGUUGCAAGACAAUUUCUCAUGGUGCCUUUAAUGGUCUUUUUUCAAUCUUGUGCAAAAGUGAGACCCUCGUAUGAACAGUUGAAGUUUAGUGUCGACUAUCAGCUGUCAGCUAUCAAACUCUCUGAGCACAAGGAGACAAUCUGGCAGUUUUAGUCAAAAAACAUGAGAAUGGGACUUUUCUGAGGCAAACUUCUCACAUUCUUCUUCAUCAUCUCUUGUUAUUAAAAAGCUUUCAUGUGAAAUGUUCUAUGUUGUAGUAACUUCAGUGAUCUGGUCCUUCUGCAGCAGGUUUCCAUGUCGAAGUCGGCUCAGAUGCCGCUCUCCAACAUCACGGUGCCAAAGCCCUCCAUCUCCAGGGUGCCCAGCAGCAUGGAGGGCAUCAACCAUGAGCUGGAGAAGGUCUUCAUCAAAGACAACGGAGAGAAGGAGGAGCUGAAGGUAGGGAGGUGUUUCAUUCAGCUCGGACCUGUGAGUCUGUUUUCCUUCAGCUCUCAUCAGUAUUGUCCCUGUCUCUUCAGUCUCUGGAGGUCCCUGACGGGCGGAGAGCACCCUUCCCUCCUCAGCAGCGCAGCAGCAGCACCCGCAGCGUGGACACCCAGACCCCCUCAGCCCCCGGCCGGUCCAGCAGCUGCUCCAGCCUGUCGCCCUGCCCCUCGCCCGCCUGCCCACCAGGAUCACAUGACGGCAGUCCUUACUCCACAGAGGACCUCUUGUAUGACCCGGAUAAAGGUAAACUAGAUGUUAUGCUGCAUUUCCAUGACGCCGUAUGCACAUAAAUGCAUCGUGAUCCUAUUAAGUAUGUUCAUAUCAGGGAAUGCUUUUGGAAGCUGUCAGGGGUUUGAAAACAGGGACUCCAGCUGAGCAGAGAGAGGGGCUCAGACAUGCUGCAAAGGGAGAGGAAGAUUGUAGAAGAGGAAAUAUCUUUUGUGUGUGAUGUUAUGUCAUAACUAAGAGCUUAGAUCUGCUGGCUUGAGGUCAGAUUGGAGCUGAGAAAAAAAAACAAAAACAAACUAUGGUGUCUGGUGCAAUGCAAACGUGCAGAAAAAAGGAGCUGUGCAAGAGACUUCUUUAGCAGGAUAACUGUCCUGGGCACAACUUCAGAAUAAAAGCAUGGGGUCUUCUUACAGGGAAAAAACAGCUCAGGCUUUUGCUUUGAAAAGCAUUUAGGAAAUACAAUCAGGGUGUAUUAUUCGUAGGAGUUCAAAACUUAGCUGAACGCUCUUCAGUGCUUCCAUGCUGAUGCUGAUUUUUCUGCCUGUUUCUCUCUUCUAUGUUUUCAGACAGUGGAAGCAGUUCACCUCUGCCCAAGUUCGCCUCCUCGCCCAAACCAAACAACAGCUACAUGUUCAAGCGAGAGCCGCCGGAGGGCUGUGAGAAGAUUAAAGCUUUUGACGAGCAGAGGUAAAGACUGUCUGAUUCCCAUGUUCAAUCCAUCUCUAUAAAUCUGACUGAGCCCUGGAGCACCUGGUUUUGAUUCCAAUACAGGACCUGUCUGUUUAAGUCCUUCACAGGGUAUUAAAUCAGGGAAACAAGGUCCAGGUUUUGGAAUGAGAAAAUGUCAGAAGGUCCGCUCUCUCAUUUAAAUGUAAACAGUUCAAAUAUUUUCAUUUUCAUGGACGUGAUCAAACUUGCACAGAUAAUGACAACAAUAAGGUGAAGAAAGCACAGUUUACAGAUCCCAGCACAGUUUACUGCAGAUUCUUUCAAAACUUCCUCGAAAGAAAAAAACAGGAGAGCUGAAGUUCCUCAUUUGGAACAGGUGUGUAGUGGCAUGUAGGACAGACUUCUCUAACUCAUAACAGUGAGUGAUGGGGAGAAGUGCUCUGACAGUCAGGUUGUUGGUGUGCAGAAAUGCCCCUCAGUCUUCUGAGUUGAACUCCUCUCCACCUCCUCUGACUCAGUUUGUUUUUUUUUUCCUGCAGCUCCAGACAAUCAGCGUCGGCUUCGGUCCCGCUCUUCUCCUGCCCCGACAAAAACAAGGUCAACUUCAUCCCGACGGGCUCGGCGUUCUGCCCCGUCAAACUCCCCGGCUCCCUGCACCUCAACCCGGCCUCACAGCCCGAGGAGGGCGAAGACGACACGGAGCCGCAGGGGGCCACGUCACUCUACGGCGGCCCCACUCAGGUCUCCACGAGCACCAGCACAGACGACCCCCCCGAGGAGCCUGGCUCGCCCUCAGAGACCUCAGACCCCCCCACAGACAGCCCAGCCAUCAGCUAG